UAAUUCAUAACCUCAUGCUCUACCCCAAUAAUAGCACUUUGCAUCUGCAUUAUAUUAUUAACUCCACUCUUCUCUUCUCCUUCCUUCUAACCAAAACAGAGUCACAACAGGGCUCUAAGCAACAGUUAGAAGCCCCUCCAACUAAAUUCUUUUCUUUACGUUCUCUUGAAAUUGAAUCCACCAAACAAAAAAAAAUGGGGCUGGAAGGUGAAUUGAUAAAGAAGAAAAGCAUCAUUGCUGGGAUUCUCACGGCCUUACUCGUUGUCAUGGUUAUCGUUGUCGCCAUCAUAAAAACACAAAAUACCAGCAAUCCAGACAAAAUCACCACUGUGCAGAUUAAAGCAACCACCAAGGCAAUCCGAGCAGUUUGCGCACCAACUGAUUACAAAGAGACUUGUGUCAACAGUCUCAUGAAAGCUUCUCCUGACUCCACUCAGCCUCUCGAACUCAUUAAGCUUGGCUUCAACAUCACCAUCCAAUCCAUAAAAGAUAGCGUCAAGAAAGCUUCCGGGGAGCUGAAAGCCAAGGCAGCCAAUGACAACGAGACCAAAGGGGCUUUGGACUUGUGUGAGAAACUUAUGACUGAUGCUACAGACGAUCUGGAAAAGUGUCUUCAUAACUUUCAUGGGUUCUCAAUCACUCAUAUUGAGGACUUCGUCGAAGAUCUCCGUGUUUGGCUUAGUGGUUCCAUCGCUUAUCAACAAACAUGCAUGGAUACUUUUGAGGAAAUUAACUCUAACCUUUCACAAGACAUGCACAAGAUCUUUGAAACAUCCAAAGAACUCACUAGUAAUGCCCUUGCUAUGAUUACUAGCAUCUCUAGCUUCCUCGGAGAGCACAUCACAGGAUUAAUUGGAGAUCAUGGAAACCACGCCAGAAAACUCUUGUCCACGGAGGACGGUAUCCCAAGUUGGGUUGGACCAAACACUCGACGGCUCAUGGCAGAGCAAGGAGUUGUCAAACCUAAUGUGGUGGUGGCACAAGACGGAAGCGGUGAGUACAAGACUAUCAAUGAGGCCUUGAGUGUUGUCCCUAAAGCCAACCAAAAGCCAUUUGUUAUCUACAUCAAGCAAGGUGUCUAUAACGAGAAAGUUGACGUCACCAAGAAGAUGACUCACGUCACUUUCAUCGGUGAUGGACCAACCAAAACUAAGAUCACUGGUAGUCUCAACUAUUACAUCGGCAAGGUCAAGACAUACCAUACUGCCACUGUUGCCAUCAACGGUGAUAACUUAACGGCCAAGAACAUCGGGUUUGAAAACACUGCUGGUCCGGAAGGACACCAAGCUGUGGCCUUAAGAGUCUCCGCAGACUAUGCGGUCUUCCACAACUGCCAAAUCGAUGGUUACCAAGACACACUCUACCUCCAUUCUCAUCGUCAAUUCUACCGUGACUGCACAAUCUCUGGCACUGUUGACUUCAUCUUCGGAGAUGGGAAAGUCGUUUUACAAAAAUGUAACAUUGUGGUUAGAAAACCAAUGAAAAGUCAGUCUUGCAUGAUCACAGCCCAAGGCCGGACCGAUGAACGUGAAUCAACCGGACUCGUGCUAGACAACUGCCACAUUACCGGAGAACCGGAGUACAUUCCCGUGAAAUCUAUAAACAAAGCAUAUCUUGGAAGGCCAUGGAAACAGUUCUCAAGAACCAUUAUAAUGAGAACAACCAUAGAAGACGUUGUUGAUCCAGCGGGAUGGCUUCCUUGGAAUGGUAGUUUUGCACUUAAUACGCUUUACUAUGCUGAGUAUGAGAAUAAUGGGCUUGGCUCAGAUCAAUCACAACGUGUUAAGUGGCCUGGGAUUAAGAAACUCUCGCCUAAGCAAGCUCUUAGAUUCACUCCUGCUAGGUUUUUACGUGGUAACUUGUGGAUUCCACCAACUCGUGUGCCUUACAUGGGGAGUAUGCAGUAGAUUCCAAUUUGUGAUUUUUUAUCUUCCAGUUUCUGUUUUAAAUAAUAAAAUUUUAAAGGUAAAUAAUUUUCUGUACAUGUCAUUGUAUUUGGUUAAGACCAACUAAGAAAGAACUUCAACUUUUCAUAGUUUUGGUAAAUUAAUCUACAUAAAUGUAACGGAAGAUGAAAAAUAAUCCAUUACAUACA